AUGGAAGCCCUUGCUCAGAAUGUCAUUGGACUACUAGGCUCUUUAGCUGCUAAAGAGCUUGACCUUCUUUGCAACUUCCAAGAUGAUUUGGAGACUAUGGAGGAGAAAGUCAAAGAAAUUAAAGCUGUGCUUCAUGACGCUGAGAGAAAGGCCACGACAAGUGAAACGAUCAAUGUUUGGCUACAAAAGCUGAGAAAUAUGUUGCUUGAUGCCGAAGACUUGUUGGAUGCCUACUCUGCUGAGAAGCUAGCAAGGGAAGUGAUGACCAAAGAUAAAAUGGCAAAGGAGGUACGCAUAUUCUUCUCCAAAUCAAACCGACUUGUUUGUGCUCAUAAGAUGGGUUGUAAGAUUAGGGCAAUUAGGAAGAAACUAGACGAGAUUUAUGAUGAGAAGAAUCCACUUCAAUUGCAUAAGAGCUCUUCGAGCACUCCGAAUGAGUCUUGUGAAUGGAGACGAACCGGCCCAGAUGUGAGCGAACAAGAUGUUGUCGGGAGAGAUGAGGAAAGAAUGCAUCUUGUUAGUACCCUUUUAAGCUCUGAUGUUAAAAAUGAUGUCUCAGUGAUUCCCAUAGUUGGGAUCGGAGGAUUGGGGAAGACGACACUUGCUCAACAAGUGUACAAUGAUGUGGCUGCUAAAAAUCAUUUUGAGCCUAUGAUGUGGGUUUGUGUGUCUGAUGAAUCCCAUCAACUUUCCAAUAACACGUUAGCUCAAAAGAUCAUUAAGAAGGAAACAUCUGAUGGUGCCCUCGAGCUACUAAGACAUAAAAUUAAGGACAAACGUUUUCUGCUCGUGUUAGAUGAUGUUUGGAAUAUUAAGAAUCGUGGGGAAUGGCUUAAAUUAGAAAACUUGUUCAAAGAUGGAAGGAAAGGAAGUAUGAUCAUUGUCACUACACGGAGUACAGAAGUGGCGGACACAAUCGGCACAAAUCCACCUCUUUCCUUAAAGGAUUUGGAUGAAGAUAAGUCUUGGGAGCUAUUUUGUAGAGUGGCUUUUCGGGACGGAAAAGAACCUACUGAUCACAAGUUGGUAGGGAUUGGAAAGGAUAUUGUGAGAAAAUGUCAUGGAGUUCCGCUUGCAAUAAGAACCAUUGGUAGCUUAUUGUUUAACAAAGCUACCUUAAAAGUGAGUGAGUGGUUAUCUUUUAGGGACCGUGAACUUGCAAAUGUAGAUUAUGAGAAUGAUAAUAUUUUUUCUAUCCUUAAACUUAGUUAUGAUCAUCUUCCCUUCUAUUUGAAAAAUUGUUUUGCAUUUUGCUCUUUGUUUCCAAAAGAUUACGAGAUUGAGAGAGAAACACUAAUUCAGCUAUGGAUAGCUGAAGGGUUCAUUCAACCCUUGGAUAAAAGUAGGCGCUUGGAAGAUGUUGGUGAUGAGUAUUUCAAGCAGUUGUUGUCGAGGUGCUUGUUUCAAGAUGUGAAGGAAAAAAAUUCUGGUAACAUAUGGUCAUGCAAGAUGCAUGACCUCAUACAUGAUCUAGCACAAUCAGUGAGUAAAAAUGAGUGUUACAUUGUCACAAGUGAAAAAAUAGAAGAAGAGAAAUUUGGUGAUGGGAUUCGUCAUAUGUCAAGUCAUUUUCAUGGUGCCUGCAAGUUUUCACUUGGUAAUGCCAACACCAAAAAAAUGAGAACAAUUUUGUUCCUACAAGGACAUUUGGAUUUUAACUUGAGUCAGUCUUCGGCAAGAGUUUUUAAUCUAAUUUGCGGGCCUACAACAUCACUUCCAAAGCACUUACGUGUAUUGGUUCUUGUAGAUCAAGAGUUGAAAAUUUCAGAGAGUAUCGGAUACUUGAAGCAUUUAAGAUAUCUUGAUUUAAGUAGGAAUCGUAAACUCAAGAAGCUCCCACGAGGCAUCACCAAGUUGUAUAACUUGUUGACCCUAAAACUUAAUAGUUGUUGA